AUGGAUUCUCGUCGAUCGUUAAUGUCCGCUUCGGCGGCGAAUCUGUGUUUGGUACUGUGUAUCUUCGUCACCGUCGUUGUAUCGAACGGUGAGCUUCAGAGAUUUAUAGAGCCGGCGAAAAGCGACGGUUCCGUUAGUUUUAUAACCAUCGGAGAUUGGGGUCGCCGUGGCUCCUUUAAUCAGUCUAUCGUCGCUUAUCAGAUGGGAAGGAUUGGAGAAAAGAUUGGUUUAGACUUCGUGGUGUCUACUGGAGAUAAUUUCUACGACAAUGGAUUGUUUAGUGAACACGAUCCAAAUUUCCAACAAUCUUUCUCUAAUAUCUACACUGCUCCUAGUCUCCAGAAACAGUGGUACAGUGUUUUGGGGAACCAUGAUUACAGAGGUGACUCAGAAGCUCAGCUUAGCUCUGUCCUUCGGGAAAUCGAUAGCCGUUGGGUUUGUCUUCGAUCAUUCGUAGUCGACGCAGAGUUAGUCGAGAUCUUUUUCGUCGACACGACUCCUUUUGUGAAAGAAUACUACACUGAAGAAGAUGGGCACACGUAUGAUUGGCGCGCGGUUCCAUCUCGCAACUCUUAUGUCAAAUCACUCUUACGUGACCUCGAAGGUUCCUUGAAGAGAUCUAAAGCGACAUGGAAGAUUGUCGUUGGUCAUCACGCGAUUAGAAGCAUAGGACAUCACGGUGACACUAAAGAGCUUAACGAGGAGCUUCUUCCGAUAAUGAAAGCGAACGGUGUUGAUCUCUACAUGAACGGACAUGAUCAUUGUCUUCAACAUAUAAGUGAUGAACACAGUCCUAUUCAGUUUCUAACUAGUGGUGCUGGUUCCAAAGCUUGGAGAGGAGAUAUUAACCCUGUGACCAACAAUCCAAAGUCUGUGAGAUUCUAUUACGAUGGUCAAGGCUUCAUGUCUGCUCGAUUCACUCACUCAGAUGCAGAGAUUGUCUACUACGAUGUCUUCGGUGAGGUUUUGCACAAAUGGGUUACUUCUAAACAGACUCUUCAUUCCUCUGUUUGA